ACCGAUCGUGAGGUAAAGCACUCCUCGUCAGUUUCCGUGCCAUUCACACAAGACUUAUUCAGAACAAAGUUGUGGUCAAAAACAACGAGAUGACCGAACCGACCCAACCACCAUCACAGGCGAUACAAUCGCCUCACUCAACCCAUGUAGAGGCUGCACCCCCACCACAAGCUGCGCCCCUGACGACUGUGCAGAUCGAAGCAGAUGAAGGUAGCGAAACAGACGGCGACUCAGCGCUUGACGUGCCUACCCGUGACUCGCUUACGUCGCUGCGGUCGAGCAUUCGCGAGUACCAACAUGAGAACGGCCGCACAUACCAUUCCAUGAGCGCUGGCAAAUACUUUCUACCGAAUGAUGAUUCCGAAGUCGAUAGAUUGGAUCUGCAGCACUAUGUGAUGACCAUGACCAUAGGAGGCAAUCACUGCCUCUGCCCCAAAAACAACGGAGCGACCCGUGUGCUGGACCUUGGGACAGGCACAGGUAUCUGGGCCAUGGAAUUCGCCGACGCUCACCCGGGCGCUGAGGUCAUCGGAGUCGACCUGAGCCCUGUACAGCCCGAUCUUGUGCCACCAAACUGCCACUUUGAGCUCGACGAUCUCGAAAAGGAUUGGACGUGGUCGAAACCUUUCGAUUUUAUUUUCUGUCGUAUGAUGACCGGCAGUUUCGCUAAUAACGAGAAUAUCGUCCAGAAGGCCUACGACUCGCUUGAACCGGGCGGUUAUUUCGAGGCCCAGGAUAUGGCUUUGCCACUCGGCUGCGAUGAUGGCACUCUUGCCGAGGACUCAGAUCUCUGGAAGUGGGUUCUCCUCGUCAUGGAGGGCAUGGAGAAAUUUGGACGGCCUGUCUCGGCAGCUCAGGAAUGGAAGACACUCAUGGAGCGUGUCGGCUUUGAAGAUGUUGUUGAAACCGUGUACAAGUGGCCCACCAACAGGUGGCCUCGUGACAAGCAUUACAAGGAAAUCGGCACGUGGGCGUU